CGGGAGCCAUUAGGAAAAUCCAGCGGCCAGUUUAAUCUCAGCAGCCGCUUCCGUCCCUCCAGGCAGGGAGGACCACUGGGCUCUAGCGCUCUGGCGGGGGGCGAGCCGGCGGGUCGGGGGAGGGCGGGUCGCUCUGGGUGGGGCCUCCCGGCCUUAGAAGCCUCCCAGGCUGGCGAGAACUUUGCUGCAUGUCUGCCCGGAGUUAAGACCAAGCGAGCUUCAAGUUCUCCUUGAGAGUUCGCGAAAGUUCGAGGUGAGGAGUCGCAGAACAGGCGCCAUCGUCGGAGCUCUGUCCAAUUUGGAGGGACUGAGGACUGCGACGAAAAGUGAGCAGUAAGCGGACUGGCUGGCCUUCGACCGCCCCACGCAGGCUACCGGUGCCUUGGAGCCCGCCCCUCCUGAUCUCUCUCUCGGCGCGUUCCUGACCCUCUGCACUCGCGACCCAAAGGCGCGGCAGCGCGAACCAUGGCUGCGCUAUGCUGCGCGAGGAUGCGGUGGGCGCUGCUGGGGACGCGAGUGGCACGCUCUGGCCUCGGCCCACAAGGAGCCAGAGCCAAGGCCACCAUCCCUGCCGCCCUCCCGGCGGCCCAGGCAGCCGAGGCUCCCGGAACCGGGCCUGGCGAUCGGAGGCUGCGGAGCCUGGAGCAGCUUCCAGGGCCAGGGCAGCUGCGCGCCUUGUUCCAGAUGUUAGGGCAAGGCUACGUUCUGUACUCGCACGAGCUCCAGGUGCUGAACAAGGCCAAGUAUGGUCCAAUAUGGAUAAGUCACCUAGGGCUUCGAAGCUACAUUAACCUGGCCAGUGCCCCGCUCCUGGAGCAAGUGAUGCGGCAAGAGGGCAAGUACCCAGUACGUGACUACAUGGAACUGUGGAAGGCGCACCGGGAUCUGCAUGGGCUGGCCUAUGGGCCCUUCACCACGGAAGGAGAGUCCUGGUACCGGCUGCGCCAGGCUCUGAACCAGCGGCUACUGAAGCCAACUGAGGCUGCGCUCUACACGGAUGCUCUGAACGAGGUGAUCGAUGACUUCAUGGUUCGACUGAGCCAGUUGCGGGCGGAGAGUGCCUCGGGGGACCAGGUGCCUGACAUCGCUCACCAUUUCUACCACUUUGCCUUGGAAGCUAUUUCCUACAUCCUGUUUGAGAAACGUAUUGGCUGCUUGGAGCGCUCCAUCCCCCAGGACACCAGGACCUUCAUCAGAUCUAUCGAUCUCAUGUUCAAGAACUCAGUCUAUAGCACCAUCCUCCCCAAGUGGACCCGUUCUGUGCUCCCUUUCUGGAAGCGAUACCUGGAUGGCUGGAACACCAUCUUCUCUUUUGGGAAGAAGCUGAUUGAUCAGAAACUCGAGGAAAUAGAGGCCCAGCUGCAGACAGGGGGCCCAGAUGGGGUCCAGAUAUCUGGCUACCUGCAUUUCCUGCUGACCAGCGGACAGCUCAGUCCUCAUGAGGCCAUGGGCAGCCUGCCUGAGCUGCUCCUGGCUGGAGUAGACACGACAUCCAACACGCUGACGUGGGCCCUGUACCACCUUUCAAAGCACCCAGAGAUCCAGGCGGCCUUGCACAAGGAGGUGAUGGGCGUGGUGCCAGCUGGGCAGGUGCCUCAGCACAAGGACUUUGCUCACAUGCCCCUGCUCAAAGCUGUACUUAAGGAGACCCUGCGCCUCUACCCUGUGGUCCCUGUGAAUUCCCGGGUCAUCACGGAAAAGGAAAUUGAAGUUGGUGGCUUCUUCUUCCCCAAGAAUACCCAGUUUGUGCUGUGCCACUAUGUGGCAUCCCGGGACCCUAGCAUCUUCCCUGAGCCGGAGAGCUUCCGGCCUGAACGCUGGCUGAGGAAGAGCCAGACUGAUACCCUCAGGGUCCAACACCCGUUUGGCUCUGUGCCCUUCGGCUAUGGGGUCCGAGCUUGCCUGGGCCGCAGGAUCGCAGAGCUGGAGAUGCAGCUGCUGCUGACAAGGCUGAUCCAACAGUAUGAGGUGGCCCUGGCCCCUGAGACGGGGGAGGUGAAGAGCAUGGCCCGCGUCGUCCUGGUUCCCAGUAAGAAGGUGGGCCUGCGUUUCCUGCAGAGACAGUGCUGAGCUGGCCCCCUCCUCUCCCUCCCUGGCACAGAAAUUCCUGGCUACUGCUGUGUCUCAGAUGAGGAGAGAGAGAAAGGGGCUGCCAGAUGCCAAAGGCUGGAGCGACUCAGUGUCCUUCCCACAGAACACUGAGCUUCUGCAACUUUUAUCAUGUUGAGUGUCUCCUUCUUAGAUAAAAGGCCAUCCCCUUGUCACAUUGCUAUGCUUGAGGAAAAUAUAGAAUAAAGGGGCUUUUAUUGAUGA